ACGGUGCCCGGCUCGAUUUCCCAUCGCCCGUCUUUCCUGGUCGUCGAGAGGAGUGGCUGCCCAUCCCGCUGGCUUUCUGGCAGCGCCAUGGCAGAGCUGGAGAGCCUGGAGUUCGGCAAAGCAGACUUCGUGCUUCUCGACACAGUGUCGAUGCCGGAGUUCAUGGCCAAUCUCCGGUUGAGGUUUGAAAAGGGACGGAUCUACACAUUUAUUGGGGAAGUAGUGGUUUCUGUAAAUCCUUACAAGAAUUUGAACAUCUAUGGCCGUGAUAUAGUUGAGCAAUACAAAGGGCGUGAGUUGUAUGAGAGGCCACCUCAUCUCUUUGCCAUCGCAGAUGCAGCAUAUAAAGCCAUGAAGAGGCGAUCAAAGGACACAUGCAUUGUAAUAUCAGGUGCGUCAGAGAUACCUGCUACCUCCCCUUCUGGUGAUACUUUAAACAAAGCUGGAAGAUUAAAACUAGAAAGGGUGAAGAACAUGCUGCUGAAAUCCAACUGUGUUCUGGAAGCUUUUGGCAAUGCGAAAACUAACCGUAAUGACAACUCCAGCCGCUUUGGAAAAUAUAUGGAUAUCAAUUUUGAUUUCAAAGGAGACCCCAUAGGUGGACAUAUCAAUAAUUACUUGCUGGAAAAGUCCCGGGUGAUUGUGCAGCAACUAGGAGAGAGAAACUUUCACUCCUUCUACCAGCUUCUUCAAGGUGGCUCUGAGCAGCUUCUGCGAUCUUUGUAUCUACAUAAAGAUCUAUCUGCAUAUAGCUAUAUUAGUGCUGGAACUCAACCAAAGUGUACCAUUAACGACAGUGCAGAUUUCAAAGCUGUUGCUGAUGCAAUGAAAGUGAUUGGAUUUGGACCAGAAGAGGUUCAAACAGUGUACAAAAUCCUUGCUACCAUUCUGCAUUUGGGCAACUUAAAAAUUUCUGUGGAUGGUGAAACACCAGUGAUUGAAAAUGGCAAGCUAGUAUCUGUCAUUGCAGAUCUGCUCUCAACUAAAGCUGAUACAGUAGAGAAGGCCCUGCUUUUUCGAACUGUAGCUACUGGUCGUGAUAUCAUUGAUAAGCAACACACAGAGCAAGAAGCCACUUAUGGCAAAAAUGCAUUUGCAAAGGCAAUGUAUGAGCGCCUUUUCUGCUGGAUUGUGAUGCAUAUCAAUGAUGGGAUUGCAGUGAAAGAUUACAACAGCACUGUUCACGGCAAAAACACAGUGAUUGGAGUUCUUGAUAUCUAUGGCUUUGAGAUCUUUGACAAUAACAGUUUUGAACAAUUCUGCAUUAACUACUGCAAUGAGAAGUUGCAACAGCUCUUCAUUCAACUUGUUUUGAAGCAAGAACAGGAAGAAUAUCAGCGAGAGGGGAUUCCUUGGAAGCAUAUUGACUACUUCAACAACCAGAUUAUUGUUGAUCUUGUGGAGCUGCAGCACAAGGGAAUCAUAGCCAAUUUGGAUGAUGCGUGCAUGAAUGUUGGAAAAGUCACAGAUGAAAUGUUCCUGGAGGCUCUUAAUAAGAAGUUGGGCAAGCAUGCUCACUUUUCCAGCAGAAAGCUUUGUGCUACGGAUAAAAACCUGGAAUUUGAUAGAGACUUUCGGAUUAAGCAUUAUGCUGGAGAUGUUAUUUAUUCGGUCACAGGAUUCAUUGAUAAAAAUAAGGACACUUUAUUUCAAGACUUCAAGCGUUUGAUGUAUAACAGUUCCAACCCUGUGCUGAAAAAGAUGUGGCCGGAAGGCAAGCUGAGUAUCACAGAAGUGACCAAGCGGCCACUGACUGCUGCUACACUUUUUAAGAACUCAAUGAUUGCCUUAGUGGACAACUUGGCAUCCAAGGAGCCAUACUAUGUCCGCUGCAUUAAACCCAAUGAGAAGAAGUCACCACAGCUGUUUGAUGAAGAACGAUGCAAGCAUCAAGUUGAAUAUCUUGGACUUCUGGAAAAUGUAAGAGUACGGCGGGCAGGAUAUGCCUAUCGCCAAACGUAUGAAAAAUUUCUUCACAGGUACAAAAUAAUUCCUGAAUUUACUUGGCCAAAUCACAAACUACCAUCUGACAAGGAGGCUGUGAAAAAAUUGAUUGAGCACUGUGGGUUUCAAGAUGAUGUGGCAUAUGGAAAGACAAAGAUUUUUAUUCGCACACCACGAACUCUUUUUACGUUGGAAGAAAUGCAUGCCAAGAUGCUUGAAUGGGUGGUUCUCUUUCUACAAAAGGUUUGGAGAGGUACAUUAGCUCGACUCCAAUAUAAGAGGACCCGAGCUGCCCUCAAGAUUUUAAAAUGUUACCGUCGAUACAAAGUAAAGUCUUACAUCUGUGAAGUUGCCCGGCGAUUUCAAAAUGUGAAGUCUAUGAAAGAUUAUGGGAAGCACGUGAAGUGGCCUAAUCCUCCAAAAGUUUUGCGACGGUUUGAAGAAGCUCUACAUGCAAUCUACUACAGAUGGAGAGCACAUGAACUAAUCAAAAAUAUCCCACCCAAAGAUUUGCCACAAAUCAAGGCAAAAGUGGCAGCAUUGGAGUUGCUUAAGGGCCAUCGAGGGGAUAUUGGAUUGCGAAGGGUCUGGCAGGGCAACUAUCUUGCAUUGAAUCCUGGUAAUUCUCAGACUAAUAGUUCAUUCACCUCUGUUACUUCUGAGUUGCAACGCAAGGACAAGUUCAUGAGAAUUCUUUUCUCUUCUCAAGUUCGUAAGGUGAACCGCUUCAAUAAGGUAGAAGAUCGAGCAAUUUUUAUAACUGACAGACACCUUUAUAAGAUGGACCCUAUAAAGCAAUACAAAGUGAUGAAAACUAUCCCACUGUAUAAUCUAACAGGACUGAGUAUCUCUAAUGGAAAGGAUCAGCUCGUGGUUUUCCAUACAAAAGACAACAAAGAUCUAAUUGUCUGCCUUGUCAGUAUGCAUUCACUUAAUGAGAACAGAAUUGGGGAGCUGGUUGGAGUCGUGGCAAAUCACUUCAAAAGUGAAAACCGUCGCCUGCAAGUAAACAUCACCAACCCUGUCCAGUGCAGCAUGCAUGGGCGAAAAUGCAGCAUCUCAGUGAAAACCAAAAUCAACCAAUCAGAGCCAAACUUCAUCAAGGAUUGGACAUGUUUCAUCCUCUGGGUACCUGAGAAUUAAUUUUACUCUGUCACUAAGCAUCCUUCCAUAAUCUACUGAUGCCUUCAAUCUUAGUGCCUUGAGUCUUAUGGAGGAAGGGAUAUGAAAGUAUUGAUCUGUGACACUCAUCUAGACAUUGUUAAUGAAUUGAAAAUUUGAAAUGCUUCCUCCAUUAAGCCAACUAUGAUUUUAAAUUAUUAUGUACCAAAGUGGCUUUUAUUAAUGAAUUCUCCAGAUAUAUAAAAUUAUUGUAGAGCUAAUAGUUGUGACUGAAAUGGAAGGAACCAAAAAAAUAUGAGAAUAAACAGAAGGACCCACUUUUCUAUAAGAGAGUGAUAAGAGGCUUCAUCCCUUCAGUUCCUCCCUCCCUCCCUCCCUCCC